GUCGUUUAAAUUUUCAAUUCAAGCAAAAUCUACACAAAAUGUCCAAGCUGUCCGAGGACCAGAUCGCCGACUACAAGGAAACCUUCCUGCUGUUCGACAAGAAGGGCGACAACAAGAUUGCCCUCUCGGACGUCGGCCGCACUCUCCGCUCGAUUGGCCAAAACCCCCUCGAGUCGGACGUCAAGAAGAUUUGCGACGAGAUCGACCCCACAGGCCAAAAGCGAGUCGCCUUCGAGCAGUUCCUCCCUUACAUCACCCGCCCCACCAAGGAGCCCGGCAAUGCUGACGACUUCAUCGACGGUCUCCGCGUUUUCGACAAGGAUGGCAACGGCUUUAUGAGCGCUGCUGAGCUCAGGCACGUCCUCACCUCGCUCGGUGAGCGCCUUACCGACGACGAGGUCGAUUCGCUCCUCGUCGGCGUCGAGAUUGACAAGGAUGGUGGCAUCAACUACGAAGACUUUGUCAAGCACAUUACCACUUACGUGUAAAACAGAAUUUCCUCCCAACUCAGAGCUUUUUGCAAGGGACGAGUCGUGCUGUCAUUUUUUUUUUCGGUUUCCUUUUGUUCCGUCUUUGUGCCGGUUGUUGAAAAUACAUUUCUUUUUUUUUUUCCUCUUGUUCAUGCA